GUCCUCAAUCUCUCCUCUCUCUCACCCUGGUUCUCUCUUCCCUCUCACUUCCUCUUUCUAUGUGAGUUUCUGCCUGUCCAAUUAUCAAUCCAUUCUCUCUCUUGAGAGAGAACGAAGACAAGGGUCCCUAGCCCCUUAACAAAAUCGAUUUCAUGAGAGGAGCCAACGCACUAGAAAAAUCAUGAGAAAAAAACGCAGAUCCCACUAAAAAAACCAAGAAAAAUCCAAUUGAUAAAGGCUUGUAAGGGAAAAUGAUGCGAAAAUGAGCAGGGAACAAGGGAGAAUUAAGGCUUUUUUCUGAACAAUAGAUGGCUUGUAUAUGGAGCCUCUCUGCAAUUUUGCCACUACUGUGCUGUCUCUCUAGACUAGAAUAACGAGCUAGGGCAUCCGAUAUCCUGCUCUCUCUCUAAGUUAGAGAUCGAGUAUUCCAGGUCUUUCAUUCUCUCACUAUGUACCCAGUGAUUCCAAUGCAAACGGUGAUUAUUCCAAACAAGUGCAAUGAAAGGCUGGUUGGACUGUUGCAUGAGGCUGAGUCAAGGCCAAUUAUUGUCUUGUGCCAUGGAUUUCGAUCAUCAAAGGUCUAUAGGCACCCUUCUUUGAGGCCCCUUAUGCAUGGCUGGCCUAAUAGAAGAUCUAACCUCAAAGAUGACAGUACCAUCAAGGCCCUCACAACAGCUUUAACUAGAGAAGGAAUCAGUGCAUUUCGCUUUGAUUUCUCAGGAAACGGGGAAAGUGAAGGAUCAUUUCAAUAUGGAAAUUACUGGAAAGAGGUGGAGGAUUUGCGUUCUGUGGUUGAAUACUUUUCUGGGGCUCAACGUAAAACUAGAGCUAUUAUCGGGCACAGUAAAGGAGGAAAUGCAGUGCUUUUAUAUGCUUCCAAGUAUCAUGAUGUUGACACUGUGGUUAAUGUUAGUGGGCGUUUUGAUUUGCGUCAAGGAAUUGAGGGUCGCUUAGGUAAAGGCUUCAUGGAAAAGAUCAAGAACAGCGGAUUUAUUGAUGUCAAAGACAGGAAUGGGAAAUUUGACUACCGUGUUACAGAAGAAAGCUUGAUGGAUCGCCUAAAUACAGAUAUGAGUGUAGCUACCCCCAUGAUUGCUAAACAUUGCAGAGUCUUGACCAUUCAUGGCACAAAGGAUGAAAUUAUUCCUGUGGAAGAUGCUCUAGAGUUCGACAAGCUAAUCUCGAACCAUAAACUGCAUAUAAUAGAAGGAGCGAAUCAUGUCUAUUCCUCUCAUCGGUCAGAAUUAGCAUCCACUGUAGUGGACUUCACAAAAGCUGGUUAUCAACCAGAAAACCAGCAGUCAGAGCAGGUUACAGAUGUUAAUGAUCAACGAGAAGGUUAAUUAUUUAUUGGCAGCUUUCAGCUGGAAUGAAAGCGUAUAAAAUACUUCAAGUACAUGUUGCUUGAAUUGCCAUUAUCAAGACUGCAACAAUUGUAGUUCCUCAGUAAUACUGUUCACAGGUUUAAAUGAUAUUUGUGUAUUUAUUGCAAUGGGCAAUUGUAUCCUCUAAAUGUUAUAAUAGGGUUGUAGUAAAUCCAAUGAGGGCAAUUUUAAGCUCUUGACUUAAAUAGGGGAAUGAUCCUGUGUACAUGUGCCAGUUGCUGAGACUUUUGCAUCGUCCA